GAAGUCAUUUGGUGGUGAACUGUUACUUAAGACAGUCGCUCAACGAAAAGUGUUCCCCGUUCGUUACACUGGUGUUGUUUUCUUAUUCGUUUCUUUUUUUUUCUGUUCUUUACAAACGUUUUGUUAAAAGAAACCGUUUAACUGAUGGUUCGUCGCUAUUUCGAUAUUAUUGAGUGUUUCUAUUGAAAUUUCAAGUGAUAUAGACCAUUCUGAAUAUUAUAUAUCGUAAAUGUAAACGACAAUCGUAAAGCAAUUUAAGGAUAAUUUAUUGUGAAAAUUGUGAAAUUUGUCUCAGCAUAAAAUUGGAUUACAAAUUCUCGAGAAAAAAAAAACCGAAAUCAUCAUCGCUAAAGCAGUUUGGAUUAUUUUAAAAGAUGAGAAAAUUGAAGCCUAUACUAUGGGCAAUUCUAAACACACUCGUCGUAGUAUCAUACGGAGCAUCAAUUGUGGAUAAUGUGGACCCAAACGCAAUUGUGGGAAGCGAUGAACACAUAGCAUCGUUAAGUCAGCAAGAACUGACUCGAUUUCGUAGGAGCGCAGGAUACACACGCGGAAGCCAUCGCGGACAAACACAAUCUCAAUACUUAAAUUUUGGUGAUACCGAUUCUGAGGGCAAGGCUGAAGCUGAAGCUACUUCACAUGGAUCUAGAGCUGUAGUUGCUGGGUCAAAUGGAAUGGGUCAAGCACAAAGUCAAUCAUCUGGUGGUGACUGUGGCGAUUGUUCUGAUUCUGGAAACAGUGAUGGACAUUACGGUUAUGGCCCAGAUCCGUUAACGUCGCCUGGAAGAUUAACAGAUUUAAAACCAGGAGGCGGAGUGGAACAGGUCGAUGCAUUUGGUAGACCAAUUGGAAGUGGUUCUGGAUCAACAGCCGGAACUGGUAGUGGUCCAUAUCCAGGUUAUACAACAGGUAGCGGAGGUGGAGGUUUUCCAAUCACAAAACCUGGAAGUUAUGGUCAAUUGAACGGUGCCACGGGACCAGGCGGAAGUUCUCCAGGAAGUGCUGGUUACACAAACGGUGGUCAAAACGGAGUUGGUCAACCAGGAGCUGGUAGCAGAGUGGAACAAGUGGAUGCAUUUGGAAGACCAAUAGGAAGUGGCGCUGGAUCAACAACAGGAGCUGGUACUGGUCCAUAUCCAGGCUAUACCACAGGAAGCGGAGGUGGAAAUCUUCCAAUCACAAAACCUGGCAGUUAUAAUCAAUUAAACGGCGCCACGGGACCAGGCGGAAGUUCUCCAGGAAGUACUGGUUACACAAACGGCGGUCAAAACGGAGUCGGUCAACCAGGCAGAGUGGAUGCAUUUGGUAGACCAAUAGGUCCUAGUUCUGGAUCAACAACGGGAAACGGUCCAUAUCCAGGCUAUACCACAGGUACAGGAAGUGGAAGUCUUCCAAUCACAAAACCUGGCAGUUAUAAUCAACUGAACGGUGCCACGGGACCAGGUGGAAGUUCUCCAGGAAGUACUGGUUACACAAACGGCGGUCAAAACGGAGUCAGACAACCAGGCACAGUGGAUGCAUUUGGUAGACCAAUAGGUCCUAGUUCUGGAUCAACAACGGGAAGCGGUGCAUAUCCAGGCUACACCACAGGUACAGGAAGUGAAAGUUUUCCAAAGCCAGGAAGUAUACAGAGCGGGACUGUUGGUCCAGAUGGACGGCCUACCAAUGGACCGGGAUCAAGUUAUACAAAUGGACGCCAAAACGGUGGUGGAGGCGCUGGAUCUCAAGCACCUGGAUCAGUAGUUCCUGGUAGUCAGUCCACUGGUGGAUCUGGAGGAAGCACAAUCCCUGGUGCUGGUGGAAGCACUUAUCCUGUAGGACAAGGAAAUGCAUAUCCUGUUGGACAAGGCAAUGGAUUGCCUCUUGGACAAGGAAACACUUAUCCUGGUGGACAAGGAAGCACUGGUGGUCAGCCUGUAAUCGGUGGAGGACAGAAUGGAUUUGGUGGAAGCAGUCAACCGAGAGUCGAUGGUGGACAAUCAAAUAUAAGUGGUGGAAAACAACCGGGUUCAGAUCUAGGUGCUCCACUUAAGCUCACUGAUUCGAGAACGAUCCCAGCAACUGAUAUUUACGCUGGUUUAAGAGAAAUACUAAAACUACCGCAAGGAUUCUGUUUGGUCAAAUGUGACACUAUAAAACCCGGACAAACAUCUUUUUCACCCGAUGAUGCGUAUGCUUUAGCAAAUAAAUAUCCACUUGAUGGGCCAACUGGUGGAAGCGGAUAUCCAGGUGGAAGUUCCGGAUCUCAAACACCGGGAGCAGGAUUGCCUGGUAGUCAAUCCACUGGUGAAGGAGGCACUUAUCCUAGUGGACAAGGAAGCUAUCCAGGUGGACAAGGAAGCUAUCCAGGUGGACAAGGAAGUUAUCCAGGUGGACAAGGAAGCACUUAUCCAGGUGGACAAGGAAGCACUUAUCCUGGUGGACAAGGCAGUACAUUCCCUGGUGGACAAGGCAGUACAUUCCCUGGUGGACAAGGUGGUUCCGGAGGAAGUACAUACCCUGGUGGUCAAGGAAGUACUUACCCUAGUGGACAAGGAAGCAAUUAUCCAGGUGGACAAAGUAGCACAUUGCCUGGUGGACAAAGAAGCUAUCCAGGUGGACAAGGAAGCUAUCCAGGUGGACAAGGAAGCACUUAUCCUGGUGGACAAGGAAGCACUUAUCCUGGUGGACAAGGAAGCACUUAUCCUGGUGGACAAGGAAGCACUUAUCCUGGUGGACAAGGCAGUGGAUUGCCUGGUGGACAAGGCAGUGGAUUGCCUGGUGGACAAGGCAGUGGAUUGCCUGGUGGACAAGGCAGUGGAUUGCCUGGUGGACAAGGUGGUUCCGGAGGAAGUACAUACCCUGGUGGUCAAGGAAGCACUUAUCCAGGUGGACAAGGUGGUACAUUGCCUGGUGGACAAGGAAGCUAUCCAGGUGGACAAGGAAGCACUUAUCCUGGUGGACAAGGCAGUACAUUGCCUGGUGGACAAGGUGGUUCUGGAGGAAGUACAUACCCUGGUGGUCAAGGAAGCACUUAUCCAGGUGGACAAGGAAGCUAUCCAGGUGGACAGGGAAGCACUUAUCCAGGUGGACAAGGAAGCACUUAUCCUGGUGGACAAGGCAGUGCAUUCCCUGGUGGACAAGGUGGUUCCGGAGGAAGUACAUACCCUGGUGGUCAAGGAAGCACUUAUCCAGGUGGACAAGGUAGCACAUUGCCUGGUGGACAAGGCAGUGCAUUGCCUGGUGGACAAGGUGGUUCCGGAGGAAGUACAUACCCUGGUGGUCAAGGAAGCACUUAUCCAGGUGGACAAGGUAGCACAUUGCCUGGUGGACAAAGUAGCACAUUUCCUGGUGGACAAGGAAGCACAUUGCCUGGUGGACAAGGAAGCACAUUGCCUGGUGGACAAGGAGGCACUUAUCCAGGCGGACAAGGAAGCACUUAUCCAGGUGGACAAGGAAGCACUUAUCCUGGUGGACAAGGAAGCACUUAUCCUGGUGGACAAGGCAGUGGAUUGCCUGGUGGACAAGGUGGUACCGGAGGAAGCACUUACCCCAGUGGACAAGGAAGCACUUAUCCUGGUGGACAAGGAAGUACAUUCCCUGGUGGACAAGGUGGUUCCGGAGGAAGUACAUACCCUGGUGGUCAAGGAAGCACUUAUCCAGGUGGACAAGGUAGCACAUUGCCUGGUGGACAAGGAAGCACUUAUCCAGGUGGACAAGGUAGCACAUUGCCUGGUGGACAAGGAAGCUAUCCAGGUGGACAAGGAAGCUAUCCAGGUGGACAAGGAAGCUAUCCAGGUGGACAAGGCGGUUCCGGAGGAAGUACAUACCCUGGUGGACAAGGAAACACUUAUCCUGGUGGACAAGGAAUCUAUCCUGGUGGACAAGGCAGUAGUUAUCCUGGUGGACAAGGCAGUACAUUCCCUGGUGGACAAGGAAGCAUUUAUCCUGGAGGACAAGGAAGCACUUACCCUGGUAGUGGUACAGGAGCUGGAUCAGCCACAGGAGCUGGCGGACAAUUCUAUCCAGGUGCUCCUGCUAAUUUGCAGUUACCUGGUGCUGAAGGUGAUGAUUCAUUUUCACAAGCUGAAACUUCAGUCAAAAACGGAGAAGCUGUUGCUAGUGCCCAAGGCACAAAGAAUGGUGGAACUGCCCAAACUCAAGUUCAAGGAACAUAUAGCGGAUCAGGAAGCUUUUCCGCAAAUGCACAAACAUCCGACAAGGAUCGAUCGGCUCAAGCUCAGGUGGCUGGAACAGCUGAUGGUGCUUUGAGUUCAGCCCAAGGAACAGGAGGUGCGGGAAAAUCUCAGUCACAAGUAGAAGUCAAUGCCAAAACUGGUGGAACAUCCGCCUCGUCGCAAAGUGGCGGUGUUCAACAUCAGAGUCAAUCUGAAGUUCAAGCAAAUGAGAAAGGAGGAUUAGCCGAUGCUCAAAGUAGUGGACCGGGUCAAACAUCUUCACAAGCUCAAAUUGGUUUCCGACCGGAAGGUGAAGCUUUAGAUGAACAAAAUAAUAUAUUUAAUGGUGGCGGACAAGCAUCUGCACAAUCUGGAGCAUACAGCGGUCAGAGUCAAUCUCAAAUUAAUGGAAACUUUAAGUAUGGAAUCUCCUACCAUGGUGCAGCUCAAUCCGCAUCCGGUACUAAAGAACAAGUAGCUUCUUAUAGAGAGCAAAACAAAAAGUUGUUCCAAUCAAUAGGACAAUUUGCCAGAUCGAAUAGAAACAUCGGCGACGAAAAUUUGACACAACAGCCUUCCCGAAUUCAUUCUGAUAUUGCCGAUGUGAAUGAUUUGCGACUGAGAACAUCUAAACAAACAUCAGUAACAUCAUUCAACGGACCUCCAAGUACUGAAACCGACCAAUUCGAGUAUGACGACGAUGAAGAUGAAUACGACGAUGAAGACUAUGACUCAUCGGAGAAAGUGAACGGUGAUUUGGAAUCCAGAUCGAGCAAAUUGGAUAAAGACGACAAGCCAAAGAAGGAAAUUAAAUUGGAGCCGAUCAAAGAAGUGACCGCAAGUACAGUGUCAACAACACUAAAACCGAGCAAAAACCAUAACAUCAACACAUCCGAAAAUAGCAAAACUUUCUCACAAAAUUCACCAACACAAAAGCAACAGGCUGCAGUUGUUGUGCCAUCCAUCAAAUAUCGGUUGACACAAACACAAAAUGGUAAAACGCAGGUCAGUCCACCACCUACGACCACCGAAAAAGUUCCUGAAGAAAAGAAGUACCACACCCGAUUCUUACCAUCAAAACACAUAACACAUAAUGUUGCCGACAAGGAAACCAAUCCAAAAAAUACUCCAGACACCUAUGUUACGGUUACAAAAUCGGUUAGUGGUAGCUUAGACAACAACAAAACACCACCCGAAGAUAACAAAGAAUUUGCGUCGACUUACUAUACAAAAUCGUCAACGUGCGGAUACUUUACAUUCUCCUGUAACAUCGUUUAUGGAUCGAAUGGUCGCAGUAAAAUAUGCCGACCGAAAGCACCAUCAAAUGGCAAGUGCUAAAUAAGAAUAAAGAUGACAUUUCCCUGUUGUUUCUUUCUGUCAUUACUAUUAAGGUUUGGAUAAAUUUCAAUUUUACAGCAUCUGUGUAGGUAGGGAAAUAGUAUUUUGUUUUGUACUGCCAUUUAUGCUAAUUUUGAAUCCGUUGUGUAAUUUUCGUAAUCAUUAAAUUUUAGUCGUAAGAAAACUCUUCACAAUGUUCCAUACAUACGGGUUAAGAAAACUUUAUUCAUUCACAUUUUAGCAACUUGCCGCUAACAUUUUUCCAGCGUAAUAUAAGAAUAAAAAUCUCAACACUAAAGUCACAAGAUCAAAAAAUACCUUAAAAUAACUUAAGUAAUGAAAAGUGGAGAAUUUGUUUUUUUACCUAAGAUUUUAGUAAUGAAAAUAUUUAUACUUUUCGUUAAAUAAAAAGUAUUGUGUC